CAUUGCGCAGGCGUUGUACAGACGAAACAACGGAAGAGGUCACUUCAGCAUGAGUAGCUAGGUGGACUAUAGACCAUCGUUUGAAGUUCUACAGAAUUAGGCUACCUCUCUUUUUAACUUCUUAUCUGAAACGGCGGUACCCUUCUUUCUAUUUAAACUUGGUUACAACGUAGGCUAGGCUAAUUAUCGAGAGGAGCAACAUUGUAGCGACUAGGCGGGCGCCAUCAGUGUAGCAUUUCUCAAUAUGAAAUGAUACAAUCGGCUGCCAAUGUAACAGAACAAUGCAACAUUUUUAAGCAAGAGUGAUACUUUUGUUUCCUGUAAUUUAAAGCAAAGAUGACAGCUCGCAACAGUGUAACACAUGGAAUACCUAACACUAAGGUCAGGUACUCCAAAUUAGCCAGUGAUGAUGACGGCUACAUUGACCUGCAGUUCAAAAAGAGCCCACCCAAGGUCCCAUACAAAGCCAUUGCAUUGGCCACUGGCCUCUUCUUGAUUGGCUCUCUGUUAAUCACCAUUGGAGCCCUCCUAUUGGCAGGAUACUUUGAAGUCACACAUGCUGACCGGACUGUGCCUGUUCUCAUCAUUGGAAUCCUGGUUUUCCUUCCUGGAUUCUAUCACCUGCGGAUAGCUUACUAUGCGUCAAAGGGCUACCGUGGUUACUCCUAUGAUGAUAUACCAGAUUUUGAUGACUGAGCCACUCCUGAGAUUCAUGUUAUUUUUAUAUAGCGUUGUUUAAUACAGUAAUCAGACAGACCAGGUUAGUCCUAAAGCAGAUGUCCUUUGAUGUAAUUUCUGUGCUGGUAAAACACUGAGCGGUGAGGGAGGCAUGAGUUGAAUUUAUUGUCCAACUGUUAGUCCUAUACCUGAUCACUGUUACCAUAAACAAAACCAUGAGUUUGAGACAUUAUGGCUAAACUUGAAAGUUGACUGUUUUUCUGUUGAAAUGUCACUUGUGCUUUCCUGUAGCGUUUGCUGGUAGGAGUAUCUUAUGUGAUUAAUGCCAAUCCUUUGAUCUCCAUAUGGUGUGCUGCUAGGCCUGUGAGAGUCAAGAGGGAAAAGUAGUCACGCAACAAUACAGAGCUCAAAGUGUUUGGUAUAGAUAUCUACUAACUAAGUUUGAGAGGCAUUGCCACUGGCAAAGGAGUGAAUCCAUAUGUUGAAAAGAAAGGCAAUUGUGGUUGUGCACCAGCUCAAAUAAAGACUAUCAUAAACAA